AUGGCUAAAUCAUCGGUCAUCAAACAUGCUACAAAAUCCGAGAUUGGCGCUAAAGAUGGACUAAUUUCACAGGUUAAGCUCUCUGGUUCCAUCAGCAGUCAAUACUUGAGUUCCUUGUUGAUGGUUGCUCCUUUGGCUCUUGGGGAUGUAGAGAUUGAAAUUACUGAUAAACUGAUCUCCGUUCUUUAUGUUGAAAUGACAUCGAAAUUGAUGGAGCGUUUUGGCGUGACUGUGGAGCAUUCUGAUAGUUGGGACAGAUUCUACAUCAAGGGAGGACAAAAGUACAAGUCCCCUGGAAAUGCUUAUGUCGAAGGUGAUGCCUCAAGUGCGAGCUAUUUCUUGGCUGGUGCUGCCAUCACCGGAGGGACUGUGACGGUCGAAGGUUGCGGCACCACCAGUUUGCAGGGUGAUGUGAAAUUAGCUGAGGUACUUAAAACGAUGGGAGCUAAGGUUACAUGGACUGACACUAGUGUAACUAUUACUGGCCCACCGCGUCAGCCCUUUGGAAGGAAACACUUAAAGGCUGUCGAUGUCAACAUGAACAAAAUGCCUGACGUGGCCAUGACUCUUGCCGUUGUUGCCCUCUUUGCCGAUGGUCCAACUGCUAUCAGAGAUGUUGCCUCCUGGAGAGUGAAGGAAACCGAAAGAAUGGUUGUGAUCCGGACCGAGCUGACGAAGCUGGGAGCAACGGUGGAGGAAGGCCCGGACUACUGCAUCAUCACACCACCGGAGAAGCUGAACGUCACGGCGAUCGACACCUACGACGACCACCGGAUGGCGAUGGCCUUCUUCCUGGCGGCCUGUGCCGAGGUACCAGUCACCAUCAGGGACCCCGGGUGCACCCGCAAGACCUUCCCCAACUACUUCGAUGUGCUAAGCACCUUCGUGAAGAACUAG